CUUUUUUUUCCAUUCACUUGAUGUGUUACUGGAUUCUAUUCCUGUGAAUUCAUACCUGUGAGGACCUAAGCAACCAGAUCAUCAACAGGGUUACCAUUCCUUGCAAGCAUAUCGAGUAGCACAUGUUUUAUGGAACCAAGGACGGAAAUUAUUGGCCUUGGCAUUACAAAGUCAAAUCGGUGAGGUUUCUGGAGUUGACAUACAUCCAGGGUGUAACAUUAGGAGGGACUGGGAAAGAAGUCGGUGAGCGCCAUCCAAAAGUAGGUGAGGGUGCACUAAUUGGAGCUUGUGCAACAAUACUCGGGAAUAUAAAAAUAGGUGAAGGGGCUAUGAUAGCGGCUGGUUCUCUUGUGUUGAGGGAUGUGGAUCCACACAGCAUGAUGGCAGGAACACCAGCAAAGUUGAUAGGAUGCUUUAAUGAGGAAGAUCCAUCCCUUACAAUGAACCAUGAUGCUACAAAGGAAUUCUUCAAACAUGUAUCUGUUACUUUCAGAGAAGUUAGAUGCAAAGCGUUCUUUUCAACAGCUCCGGAUCAAGGGGAAAAAUUGACAGAGACUUGAGAGACUUGCUAAAUCGUUUUAGUUCCGUAGUGGGAGAAAAAUAGUGGCUAUACACGAUAUGUUAUUACGAGAUUUCUAAAGAUAAAUUUACAGUAGUUGGUGUAAUAGGUUAGCAUUCAGUUUCCAUUUUUGUAAUACAGAGGCUGAUUUGUUUCGUUAGUCCAGUUUCAACAAAUUUUAGUUUGCCAUGGCUUGUUCUUAUGAGUUUACCUAAUGCCUGUAAAGAUUAGGUUCCUCCCUUGAAUUGUAGGAGAUGAAAAUAGCCUCUGGUUUCUGAUCUUCCUGAAUACAUUUUCUUACCUUUCUUGAUCUGUGUUCAUGAUUCUAUAAA